AUCAGUUCAAUUAUUCUGCAGACCUUCUCCUGCCGUUUUUAUAUACAUGGGUAAUCUGGUAAAGGUGUACCCAAAUCGCAUUCAAGCACCCCCAUCAUAUAUAACGCAAUGCAGCUAAAAAGCUGGCUCUUAUCGAUAUCAGAAGGAGCAGACUGUAAUAUAACAAAGUAAAGCAAAUGGAGGUGAAAAGUCAACAGUUAGUUGAUCACGUCAAAUCAUCGGACCAAAAAAUCACGCAAUUUUUAAGUCUGUGCACUGUAAAGCCUUUUUUUUGACACAACAAAAUGGACAACAACGAACUCAUUCGAUCGGACGACCCACAUCACCCUGCCAAUCUCAUUCCUGAACUUUGCAGACUCUUCUAUAAACUCGGUUGGGUUACUGGCACCGGUGGUGGUAUUAGCAUUCGCAAUGGAGAACAAGUGUAUAUCGCUCCCUCGGGCGUGCAAAAAGAACGCAUGGAGCCCCACCAUUUGUUCGUCAUGACGUUGGCUGAUCGCACACUCCUCCGCAAGCCUUUGGUCCUGAAGCCUUCAGCAUGCACACCUCUAUUUUAUAACGCGUAUACCAUGCGAGAAGCUGGUGCCUGUAUCCACACCCACUCGCAGAAUGCUGUCAUGGCUACGUUGCUUUAUCACGGAGAAACGUUUGAAAUCUCACAUCAAGAAAUGAUCAAGGGCAUCCGUCGAGGCACCACCAAGACCAACCUUCGAUACUUUGACAAGUUGGUUGUUCCCAUUGUUGAAAAUACACCUGAAGAGGAGGAUUUGACCGAACGCAUGGCAAAGGCCAUGGAAGCUUAUCCAGAAACCAACGCUGUUCUUGUUCGUCGACAUGGCGUCUAUGUGUGGGGAGAAAGCUGGGAAAAGGCAAAGACCAUGUCCGAGUGCUACGAUUAUCUCUUUGAGAUCGCCGUCAAAAUGAAACAGAUCGGUAUUGAUCCAGCUGUAAAACCUGCUAGCGAGCCCGACUACGAGUAAAGUUACCAAUCUCUCUCUCUCCUUUCUCUGUACAUUACACUACACCUUCUUCUAUUGUUUUCCAGCAUGCAAAGCAAAACUUAUAAACUGUAUAAUAAACGCACCGGGAUAUGUUUGAUUCUAUAUGCAAAAGGAUAUCAUAUUUCAAAAUUGGCCCCACAUAUCAAAACACUUGGGGCAUCUGAUCAAUAGAACCACACAACUUUGAGCUAAAUGUCAAGCAUGUUUGAGCUAUUCGUCUGCGAAAUGGCGACGCCACAAAAUUAAAUCAAGAACCCUUAGG